AGAGCAACCUCAAGCACCCCAUUUUCUUAGGUUUUCUUCUACCGAUUUCUUCCAUUUCUUCCUAGCUGAUUUUCCUAGCUCCACCGCUGUUCCGCCACUUCCGCCGCUGCAGUUAGGAUUCCCGUUUUUCUUCCCGUCGUCAUUCUUUCCCUUGUCAUCCGUCGUGCCAUUUCAACACCACUUUCCUUGGAACUAGAUGGGCGGUCCUCACACCGUCCUUAGCAUCGCCGCACCCUCGUUAGGCAUAAGGUUAGGUCGGUAGGGCAGCGGCGAACCACCCUAACAAAUUAAGAAAAGCGUUGAGUAAUUGAGGCCGCUUCCAGCUCGCUCGCGACGGGACCGGAGAGUUCGUGUCACCCCAUUGGACGAACCGAGAUCGUCUCACCCCAUGCUCCUGCUGUAGUUAGAGUGUACUCUGCACUCCGGGACACGUCCCUAUUCGUCAUCGCUGACCAUCGAUUCGCACGGACCCUGUUUUUUUUUCUUCUACUGCCGAGGAUUCACCGGUUUUUUGUCACAGCUCGGCGGAUUCGUUACUAGCGAUUGACCACGAACUACUGCAGGCAAACGGUCCGCCGAUCCUAGCGAAGUCGUAGGUGGUCAUCUAUCCGUCAAUCGUAGCCGUCAAUGUCCUGUGAGCCGCUCAUGGGUCCAGUGGUGGUCGUCACCGGCUGCUCGUCAGGCGGAAUCGGGUCCGAGCUCAGCAAAGCCUUCGCCGCCAAGGGCUGCCGCGUGUUCGCGACGGCGAGACGACCCGACUCCAUGCAGGAUCUAGCAGGGUUGGGAAUUGACACGGUGCAGCUAGACGUGACGUCCACUGCGUCCAUUCAGGAAGCCGUCAGCACAAUCAUAUCCAAGGCGGGCAAGAUAGACAUUCUAGUGAACAACGCAGGCGCGGGGUGCUUUGGCCCCAUGGCGGAGAUGCCUCUGGAUGCGUUUCGAGGCAACAUGGAGACCAACGUUGUUGGGUUGUUAGCUGUUACACAAGUGGUGGUCCCCCACAUGGUGGAGCAGGGUACUGGCAAGAUUGUCAACAUAGGUUCGGUGUCAGCGUGGAUCACCACCCCCUUUGCGGGCACCUACUGUGCGGCCAAGGCAGCGGUGCACAACAUCUCCCAUGCGCUCAGGAUGGAGCUGAAGCCGUUUGGAAUCCAAGUCAUGCUCGUUGCCCCAGGGGCGAUCAGGUCCAACUUUGGCGGUAACUCGUCCUCGUCAGUCUCCCACCUGCAGCUGAAGAUCUUCUCUCGCUUCCAGAAGCAGAUAGAGGCCAGAGCAGGCGCCUCCCAGACCCCUCAGUCCACACCAGGAGACGUGUUCGCAAGGGCGUUGGUGGAGAAAGCCUUGGCCAAGAGGGUGCCUAUCGAGUGGGCGUUUGGGCACCUGGUGGGCUCAUUCCGCAUCAUGACAUGGCUGCCCUACAGCUUCAGAGACUCGGCACUUAUGAAGAAGUUUGGACUCACGAAGUAGUAAAUACCCUGUGAACAGUAAACCACCCCGUAACAUGUAGAAUGCUGACGGGUCAUUCGGCGUUAUGACUCGGCUGCUUCACAGUUUCAGAGGCACUGUCUUGAUGAUGACGUUUUGAAGAAAGAGGCAGACAUCUUCGACACUGAGGGUGUAUUCCUACUGAACAGAUAUCAGGAACUGCCUAAACAAAAUCGAGUCUGAUACCUGUAUCCCACAAAAACACUGAUAUCAGGAAUUGCCGAGUGCCACAUCAGCGCGAGCAGCUCGCGAUUGUUUGGCACGAAAUAAAAUCAGAGUCGUCUG